AAGUAUAGAACCCCAAGCAGAGAACGCAGCCAUGUCCUGCAUAAACUAUCCAUCCAACUAUCGCGUCAUCAUGGAGACGCCCGUCUCCACCGUCAGUCACCAACACCAGGCGCAAGUAGUCGCAGGAGAGCCUCCAUCGUUAACACCCGUGCAAUGUUCCUGUCAGCGCACCUUACAACAACAGCAGAAGUCCCAUGACCAACACAGGGGCAACCACCAUCCGGUACAACAUCUGCAACAUUCGCAACAAACUCAGCAGCUGCAACAGCUUCAGACCCAUCAACAAACUCACCAGCAACAGAAUACCCUUCUCCAACAGCAACAGCAACAGCAGCUACUGCUAUUCCAAGAACAACAGCAGCAGCUGCAAAAACUUGCCGCAUGCUUGAACCAAGCACCGCUCGAACAAACGUCAGCAAACAGUAAGUCCAGUCCACAAGAUUCUCAAAAUUCUCAAGCCUCCACGCUGACAGCAGCCGGUUUAUUUGGCAAAGCUUAUUGUAUGCGUUCGUCAUCCGAGUCGGGCGGUCAAUUGGGCUGUCAUUGCCCGUUCGAGUUCUCCGUAUCCUCAGCACAUCCGCCCGCUAGACCAUCCUAUGAAAUACGUUUGCCCAGCGGCAUGACAUCUACGAGUUAUUGUGGUAAAAACACCAUGAGCGAUGAAGAGUUCUACUCACUUAGUUCAGCCUCUUCGGAUCGGGACGACUGUAUGCCCACUGUCUCAGGUAAAGGAAAAACAGAUAGCAAACCCAAGGGUACCUUUUUGGACUGCGAAUGUGCUUCUGCAAUUCAAGAGAGCAAACCCAAAUCCAACGCCAAUCCACCGCGUAAUGUAGCCAUACUACAGUUGCUACGCGAAGUGGUUCAGUUAAUCAACCAGUCGGACGAGAGCGUCACCGGUUGUGGUUGUGGCGUGGCAACAACAAAGAUGCGUAAUAUUGCCGCGCAUGGUUCCGACGAGUUGAUGGCCGAUAAUGGACCAUUCAAUACGGGGUUUAAAAUAACAUUUACACCCAGUCGCAAACGCACCAGCCCAAAUGCGUCGAAUGCACACUCCGAAUCGUCGGAAUCACAGCCGCCUUGUCAACCGGUUAAUAUACCGUUGCAACUACCUUGCAAUCUGAUUAUUACACCAAACCUGUUGACCUGCGCCCCACUCACGAAUCCAACCACUCAUUCGGCACAAAAGAUGCAGAUAACAGCAGCACCUGAGUGCACCUCAAAGCCGGGCAAGCGAGCGCAGUUGAUGGAAAAAUUCGCGGACAGUGUGUGCAGCGGUUCAAAAGUUACGCCUUGCAGUUGCAUUGGCGAUCUGGAAUUAAUUGAGGAGAUUGCAACACUCGCCUUAGCUGCUGAUCCGAAAAACCACACCGAACCCUCUAGUCAGGCGUGCGAUGAGAGCGAACGUUACAGAGUGCCCGGCACAUUUAAUAUUGGCGCGAUGGCUUGUGGCAAAGGUUGCGCCGAGGAGUGUACAUGCAAUCAGCCUUGUGUGUGUCCGUUGCAUGGUUUUUAUCAGCCCACAAAUGUAUUCGGUCACACACCUAUACCGCUCCAGAGUUCGCAGGCGGCUGAUGAGGAGGAGUGCGAUUGCAUCGAAGCCGAAGAUACUGGUAUAGUCACCGAACCAAGCCAAACGCAAGCACACAUUUCGAACGCCCCCUCGGCAACGGCAAGCCAGCGUACUAACCAAACGAAAAGGAGCGAUUGCACCGAGUGCAGCUGUUGUCACUGUCAAGCGAUGCGGGAUAAACAAAAUUGCCUCACCGUUGCAACGCAAGAUCAGGCGAAGGACCAGAGUAGCUGCAGUGAGCUGAGAUUCUUUAUAGAUUCUAUAAUAAUGGACUUGGACGCAAUGGAGCAGGCGAGACGUAAGAAAAGCUGCGAACAAAACACAACUCCAACUCGAGCCAAAGUCUGUCCGCGUCAAAGUUUCCCAGUCACCAUAACAGAAGUAUCCGAUUUGGGCACGUCUUCACUGUACGUUAAGUGGGUAAUCCACGACUGUUGCGGCAUUGGUGGCUAUGAGAUCUAUGUUGAUGGCUAUUUGACGAAUCGUUACUUCCACUGCAACCACGAAGCGGCGGUCGUGUGUGAUGUCGAUGUCACGAAGCCGCAUAAAGUGGUACUCGUCGCACAGCCAAAACAAAACGACUGCAGCUGCGGUGACAACAACGAAAACGGCGGUAAGGAGUUAAUGCGUAAAAGCGAUGCGGAUAGAAUGGAUAAGACAACGGCAGCGCCCUCGGCGCUCUGGGUGCCCAGCAUAUACUUGUAUGAUCCUUGUGAAAGGAAAAUGGGCACACCGAUUAAUCGCAAUGAUAUUUGAGCGAGAAAAGAGAAAAGAGAAAAGAAAAAAAUCUCAAGCAAGCGGUGCAGCUUCAACGCAAUUUAUUUAAGUAAUGUGUAGGUCGGCUGGGGUCUGAAAAUAUGAAAAACCAAAAAAAAAAAAAACAAAUGAGCACGAGUUGCAAAUAUGCGCUAACCUAGGGGAAUGAAUUAAAAAAAUAAUUUAAAAAAAACUUUUUUUGGUAAAAUUCUAAAAAGCACAGCAAAGUAAAGAAAAAAAUCAUUGAACAAAAACAAUUUUCAAAAUUUUUAAAAAAUAACAUUUCAGUUAAAUUUAAAUUUAACAAUAGAAAAAAAAAACAAACGAAGAAAAACUUGUGGAACAGCUUAAGAAAUGAAGUUUCAGUUAAGUUUAAAUUUAGCAAUGGAGAAAAAAAUAAAAAUAAAACGUGAAAUGCUAGUCAGUGGAAGAUUAAAAAAAAAAAUUAAAAAAAAAAUUAAAAGUUAAAAUUAAAAUAAAAUUAACAAACACCUAUUGAGCGCAAAUGAGUAAAUCUAAAUAUGUUUAUGCAUACAUAUGUACAUACAUAUAAGGAAUAGUCGCUGAAAAGGCAGAUGAGGCGAUUAGAGACCGUCACAAACCAUGGAGAGUCACAAUUUUAAUAGCGAACGCAGCACAUUUUGCCUUCAAGAAAAUUAAAAACCACUAAAAAAAUACAAACGAGAAAAACAAAAAAUAUAAAUGUUUGUAGAAAAAUGUGGAAAAUGCAAGUUUUUAUUUGUAGAAAUUUGCUACUGCCAUUUUGCAAAAUUUUAUUUAAAAAAAAAAAAUAUAUAUAUAUAUACGAAUAUGUAUAUAAGAAUUAUUGCCAAUGUGCUGGUAGCAAAUUUUUACAAAUCGAAUUUUUUUUUGUACUUUCACGUAUCCUUAAGGGGUCCUGUG